AUGCCUCCUAAAAAGAGCACAUCCGCUGCGCCGAAGAAGCCAGCUGCGAAGGCUUCAACGGAGACCAAGACCACUGGUCGGAGCAAGAGAAGCGUCACAACGACCACCAAGACCGUGAAGGAAUCCAAGUCGCGCAACAUGUCCACAGCUACCACCAAGUCUACGACCGCAACAAAGAAGCGCAAGGCCGAUGACGAUGAAGAGCCCAGUGAAGCCAAAAAACCUCGCGUCACACAAGCCCGUCAAGUGAAGGCGACGAGAGUGGCUAAGCCGAAGUCCAAGGUCAAGGUGAUCAUCAAUGAGGCACCGAAAACCAAAUUAAAUGUGUUUGUCUGCGGCGAGGGAAGCUCUGGAGAGCUUGGUUUGGGCGCGGCAAAGAAUGUCAUCGAUGUCAAGCGCCCACGUUUGAAUAAGCUUCUUAGUGCCGAGGAAGUCGGUGUCGUGCAGGUUGCUGUUGGCGGUAUGCACUGCGUCGCUCUCACCCAUGACAACAAGAUUCUGAGCUGGGGUGUGAACGACCAAGGAGCGUUGGGCAGAGACACCGCGUGGGACGGUGGCUACAAGGACAUGGAUGCCAACGACUCUGAUUCGGACGACGAUGACAGCGGAUUGAACCCCCACGAGUCCACACCCACUGCUAUUCCCGCUAGCGCAUUCCCCGAGGGCACUGUUUUUGUCGAAGUCGCUGCCGCCGAUAGCUCGAGUUUCGCCUUGACUGAUGACGGUCUGGUCUAUGGCUGGGGUACCUUCCGAAGCAACGAUGGAAUUCUUGGGUUUGACGCGACGCACCACGUCCAAAUGACCCCCCUCCAUAUCUCGUCUUUGAAGAAGAUCACGCACUUGAGUUGCGGAGCCAACCACGUACUAGCCCUUGGUGACCAAGGUCGCGUUUUCUCUUGGGGCUCAGGGCAGCAGAACCAGCUGGGCCGUCGCAUCGUUGAACGUAACAGACUCAAUGGUCUGCAGCCCCGCGAGUUCGGAUUGCCCAAGAAUAUUGUUCACAUCGGCAGUGGUUGCUACCACUCAUUCGCUGUUCACACAUCUGGCAAGGUUUUUGCAUGGGGACUGAACAGCUUUGGCGCAACAGCUAUCCGCGAGGGUGCCGGUGAUUCUGAGGCUGCCAUCGUGCAUCCCACUCUCGUUGAAUCGCUUUCGGGAAGAAACGUCACUCAGAUUUGCGGUGGCUCUCAUCACUCGCUUGCCAGAACAGCUGAUGGCGAGUGCUUGGUAUGGGGCCGCCUGGACGGCUUCCAAAGCGGCAUGAAGGUCGACACGCUCCCCACCGAGUCCACUAUCAAGGAUGAACGUGAUCAUCCUCGCAUUCUUAUUGAGCCCACCCCCAUCCCCGGCAUCAAGGCCAAGGCUGUUGCUGCAAACUCCGAUCACUCACUUGCGAUUGAUGCCGAAGGCCGUGCGUGGUCAUGGGGCUUCUCAGCUACUUAUGCCACCGGCCAAGGAACCCAAGAUGACAUCGAGGUGGCCACAAUCAUUGACAACACUGCUGUUCGUGGCAAGCAGUUGAACUGGGCGGGUGCCGGCGGCCAAUUCUCCGUUUUUACAGAGGCUGCUAGCGCGUAA